CAUCAUUUUCUGAGAACUUGGAACAGAAUUUGGGCUCUGCUUCUGCCCUGUCUUAGGAUAUAAUGCCAUCCUUGCCUAAUGAGGGAGAUAAUCAUGGAACUGCUCCUCUGACUUUGAGUUCAGAACUACCCUAUCAAAGCACAAUUAAAAGAAAAGUCAGAAAGAAGAAGAAUGGAGUCAUCACUGCAAAUAUCGCUGGCACAAAAUAUGAAAUCGUACGUGUAGUAAUACAAGAAAUGGGAUUUGUGAAAACACGUGAUGAAGAUGAAACAGCUAAUCUCAUAUGGAGUGAUUCUGCUGUGCAACAGGAAAAGAUUGCUGAACUUCGGAACUACCAGAGAAUCAACCAUUUUCCAGGAAUGGGAGAGAUCUGCAGAAAGGAUUUUCUGGCAAGAAACAUGACUAAAAUGAUCAAGAGUCAGCCUCAGGAGUAUAGUUUUAUUCCUCGAACAUGGAUCUUCCCUGCAGAAUACACACAGUUUCAGAACUAUGUAAAAGAACUGAAGAAGAAACGUAGACAGAAAACUUUCAUAGUCAAACCAGCUAAUGGUGCAAUGGGACAUGGGAUCUCUUUAAUAAGAAACGGAGAAAAGUUACAAGCUCAGGAUCACUUGAUUGUUCAGGAAUAUCUUGACAAACCAUUUCUUAUGGAAGGCUACAAGUUUGACUUACGUGUGUAUAUUCUUGUAACCUCCUGUGAUCCAUUAAAAGUAUUUUUAUAUCAUGAUGGACUGGUGAGAAUGGGCACAGAAAAGUACCAUCCCCCCAGUGACUCAAAUUUGAGUCAGUUGUAUAUGCAUCUGACUAACUACUCUGUCAAUAAACAUAAUGAACACUUUGAACGGGAUGAAACAGAAGACAAAGGAAGCAAGCGCUCCAUAAAAUGGUUUACUGAGUUUCUAGAAACAAAUAAUCUUGAUGUCUCCAAAUUCUGGAGUGAUAUUUCAGAGUUAGUAGUGAAGACUCUCAUAGUUGCAGAGCCCCAUGUUCUUCAUGCUUACCGCAUGUGCAGGCCAGGGCAAGCACCAGGAAGUGACAGCGUCUGCUUUGAAGUCCUGGGAUUUGAUAUUCUGCUGGACAGAAAACUAAAACCAUGGCUCCUAGAGAUUAAUCGUGCCCCAAGCUUUGGAACUGAUCAAAAAAUAGACUAUGAUGUAAAAAAAGGUGUUUUGCUAAAUGCAUUAAAGCUUCUCAACAUACGGACAAGUGAUAAAAGGAGAAAUUUAGCUCAACAGAAGGCUGAGGCUCAAAAACGACUGUAUGGUCAAGGUUCAAUGAAAAAACUGUUGCCAGGUUCCUCAGACUGGGAGAAGCAGCGCCACACACUGGAAAGGAGAAAAGAAGAACUGAAGGAAAGACUUGCACAAGUACGUAAACAGAUUUCCAAAGAGGAGCAUGAAAAUAGACACAUGGGGAACUACAGGCGAAUUUACCCUCCUGAUGAUAAGACAUUACUUGAAAAGUAUGAGAGUUUGUUAGCCACUGCUUUCCAGACAUUUCUUGCUGGGAGGGCAGCUUCACUUCAACGGGAAAUGAAUAACCCUUUAAAAAGAAUGAAGGAGGAGGACAUUUUGGAUCUUCUGGAGCAGUGUGAAAUAGAUGAUGAAAAACUAAUGGGAAAAUGCACAAGGCAGCGAGGACCUAAGCCCUUGUGUUCAAUGCCAGAAAGUGCACAGCCCUUAAGAAAACUUAAGAACUACAAUAGUGAUGAUAGCUAUGAUAGUGGUAGCAGCAUGUCAGAAUCAGGAGAAGACACUGAAAAGGAAGAUCACAAUGACAAAAAAGAAAAAAAAGUUUCAUAUGAUCUUGAAGAAAAUAAAUACAAAUCUUUGGAACGGUCAUCCACCGGUCCAAUAAGGCGUUCUGUAAGCUGCCCUCGUUCAAUAUCAAUACUGACUAUGCAGUCACAAGCAGCUGAGCAACGUCCCUUUUCAGCCAAAGCAUCUCUGCAAAUCCAGCGUGCAUCCUCAGUGAAUAGGUCUCAUUCUUUAAAUCGCAGCCCAUCUUCAGCCAGAGUCUCUCAGACACCCAGCUUGGGAACUAUGAACUCUUCAGGGAGCGAGUCUUUGCUGCAACAGAAAACAAAAGAGCAAGAAGUCGCUUUGACAAAAGAGACUCUUCUCAUUAUCAAUGACUUGCGAAUGAAGUUCCCAGGUAAAACAGAUGAAGAAUCAGAAUUAAUUAUAGAAGAUAUUAUGGAUAAUUGGAAGUACCAUAAGACAAAAGUGGCAUCCUAUUGGUUGGUAAAACUGGAUUCUGUAAAGCAACGAAAAGUUUUGGAUAUAGUCAAGACAAGUGUUCGUGCAGUUCUACAGCGUGUCUGGAAGGCUCCAGACAUUGAAAACUUACAUCUGUACCGUCUCUUUAACCGAGUAUUUAAUCGCUUGCUUUGGAGCCAUGGUCAAGGUCUAUGGAACUGUUUCUGUAAUUCAGGGAGCUCCUGGGAAACCAUAUUCAGUAAAAGCACAGAGGUGGUGACUCCGGAGCAACUCCAGUGUUGCCAACGAAUAGUACAGCUUUGUAAACAUUGCCUGCUGGUGGUUUACAAAUAUUCAUCGGAUUCAAGAGGAUCCCCAACUGGGAUUAGCCCCCACUGGGAUGACACAAGGUAUUUAUUGCCAGGACCUUCACUGUUCAUCAUGAAAUCAUCCUCGUCCAACCUUAGCUGCAGUUCGUCUGGAAUGCCUCGCCCUAACAUUUUGUUCACACACAGAUACAGUCACUUGUGA